AUGGGUCAUGCACAGUCCCGGUCCCAGCAUGACGGAGACCCAGGGCACGCUCGCCAAGAUGCUACCAUCCCCUCAGAUGUAGCUUCGCAUCGUACCGGUGCAACCAAUGACAACCCAGCGAGCCACCAUAACAACACCGAUGCUGGAGUCAGCAGCAGCAGCCGAAAGCGACGUCGCGACUCUACAUCGGUCGGCGACCCGGCCAACUCAGGCGCCGAUCAUGGUCCGCUCUCUCAGAGGCGAAGAACCUCACUUUCGUCCGACUCGCAGCCACAAUCGAGUGCAGGCUCCAUCUUGGCGGGCACUCAGCCGCUUCCGCCGUCGAUGGACUUGGAUGUAGCGCAACCUCCUCUUCCUUCUCCGCCAAUAGCAGCAGGCUCCACAGCCACAGCCGAUCUCCAGCAGAGAUUGGACGCUGUUCAAUCCCGAGGUGACACGCCUUCCGCAGUCGAGGGUGGCGCCACGCCGCCUCCGCACCUGGAUGCUCUCCGCGAAGAAAGAGAACGCGCGCGACGACAGAUCCUCGAAGCUCUCGGCUCGGCCCCCGCCUCUGUUCCUUCCGUGCCGACGUCAGCUCUGCCGUCCAGUCAGGGUGUUGACGAGGCGACAGCACCUUCAUCAUCAGCACGACAAGCACCUUCCUCCAUCACCACUGAUGCUGCUGCGUCUUCCACGGGUUUGGCGUCGGCCUCCAUCGCAGCAUUGAUCGGAGGAUUGGCGACGGCACCUUCAGAAGCUCCCGCAGCCUCGACGUCUUCAACCAACAAUGCUGCUUCUGCAGCGUCGACUGCUUCAUCUCAAGCCCAGUCCCAACAGCAACAACCACAACAGCAGCAGCAACAAUCUCAGCAGUCCGCACGACCUCAGGCUUUCCGCGUUCCCCUGCAGCCGGAAAUGAUCAGCGGCACCUCUAUGGUCGUUCAAGGCGCUCUUGUUGCUCGUACCCUUGCUGGUCGACCAGCAUCGUCGGAUUCUUCGUCGCCAACGGAAUCAUCUAGCGAGUCGGUCCCAAAUGCGACUUUGAACCAGCCGAGCGCGACAUCUCAGUCCGAUGCUGCUAUGGGCGCAUCGGCCGGUGCCCGGAGCUUUCCCGACACCCCCGCUGCGGCGCUUGAGGGUGACAGCCUGCGCGGAGCGGUGACGCUCGAGGAGCAGGCCGUCAUGCUUAGCCGCAUUCUCGGCAUUGCUGCCGCAGCCACUGCUGCAUCUCUGCUCAACACGUCCGAAGCUCAGCACGUAGACCCAUCCCUCCUGCAGACAAGCCUUCGGCGACCGUUUGAGCGCAUGAAUCAGGCGCCUAGCGGCCCCAACGAACGCUGGCUGGCCGACUGGCAGCGCGCUGGCACCACUCGCCGAUCAUCUUCUAACGAUCCCAGCAGCGACUCGACGUCAGCGCAGCCUCACUCGCCAUCCUCUCACAGUCUAGGCUAUGGCCUUCGAAGCCGACUUGCUUCCUUCUCUCGCCGUGUCCACAGCGCGACCGCCGCCAGAGAAUCCGCCGAGGCUCGUCUGGGUAGCGCCACAGUCAAUGGAACGGGCGACACGAAUGCAAGCAACGGUCCAGAGGCGACAUCGACAGCCACAUCCGAGAAUGGCACGACACCGAAUCAGACAGACAGGCGACAAGAGAUCAUCGCGCACCUUUUGAGUGCGGCAGAGCGCGAGGCAGCGUCGCAGAGACUCACCCGUUUACGAUCAGCCGAUCCAUCGACGGCUUCGGUAGCAACCCAGCCUAGUGACGGCGUUCGCUCGUCAAGUUUCAGCGCAUCUCGGCCCCUUGCUGAUAGUGCACAGCAAGACGGGCCGCGAAGCAGUCUUUCUCGGCUUGUUCGAUCGACCAUCGGAACGUUCCUGCAUCCAAGUCGGCUUCUUUCCAGUCGGAGCGUGUCAUCGGCAGACACGCAGUCACCGAGUUUGGAUCGAGACGGCUGGACAAGAGGGCGAGGUGGUCGGCUGGGUUCGAGCGCUUCGGGUGUCCCGUACUCUGACUUUUCGCUCGGUCCCAACGAUGUCUCGGGCACGCUGCGCCAGGUGCGGAACGGGAUCUUGCCCGAUGGCGUCCCGGGCAGCUUCGGCAGCUUCCUCAAUCACCUGGUCAACGAUCUCAUGGCGGCCGUGCAGCUCAUGCGACCCUCGAGCGAGGAAACGCUUCCAUCUGCACCGGAAGCGCCGUCAGCACAGACGACCAACUACUUUGAGAAUGCAUCUCACAGGGACACCACGUCCGGCGCAGAGGUACUGGACGGCGAAAGUACGCCCAGUCAAGCGCAAUCUCGAUCAGCGCAUGUCUCUACCUCGUCGCACAACGACCCACCCAACGACUCGCAGACGAACCCUGGCGAAGAAGACGUCGAGACGCAAGCGAGGCGGCAGCGCGACUUUCAACAGGGUAAUCUCUCAUUCUUCCGGCUCUUCCGAUUCGAUCCGGUUGCGCCGUCGCAGCUCGUGCCGUGCAUCGUGGUCGGGGUGCGCAGUCUCAAUGUCACCGAACGCUUUGGCGAAGAGAUGAUGAGAAGCGAAGCGACGGGACCGGGACGAGAUGCGGGCGGAUCACGACAACAGACCUCGCGACCGACGUCGCUUGGUUCUGCUGGACCGACUUCUCCACGUCCUCGUCAGCGUUCUCAGUCGGAAGGUCCCGCGCCGACUAGGGCUUCCGCCGAGAGCGGAUCUGCCGAGGCCGAGGGAGAGGGACAGGAUCUGCCGGCAUCUCGCUUCAUGCUUUUCGUGUCUGGCGGGCGCUACCCACCCAAUCAUCCGCUGUUGACGUCGAAUCCGACUACAGCCGGACGCGAUCUCAUGAUGCUGAUGGAUCUGUUGAGCACGAUGCAAGCGAUGCAGCACAAGCCUAGCACCGUGACGCAACGCGAGAUCGACGCAAGCGAGCUGCUCAAGGUCAAGGGUUCGCAAGUGCCGAUCAUGGUACGUGAUGGCAAAGUGACUGAGAACAUGGCAGAGCGGUGUCUUGUCUGCCUAGAAGAUUGGCAAGACGACGAUGACUGCCGCGUGCUCGCAUGCCGUCACGCUUUCCACACUUUGUGCGUGGACCGGUGGAUGACCUCGUCGUCCAACACGUGUCCGAUGUGUCGACGCCAAGGCGUAAGCAAGGAUGGUCGACAGGCAGGUGCUGAGACGGCCGAUUCUCGGCGAGCAGCACAGACGUGA